UCUCAUUAAAACGAAGAAGAAAAGUUUUGCACCAGUCGAAGAAGAACUCACAGCGUGCGUUUUGUUUGAAGCACGCCGGAAGCGUAGAUAGUUUUGUUUUUGUCGCCACAUUUCAGCUUUAAUUGAACCGUCAUGAAACCAGGCUUCAGUCCUCGUGGGGACAGAGGAGGAAGAGGAGGCGGAAGAGGAGGGGGACGGGGAGCAUUCAGAGGAGGACGCGGUGGAGGAUUCAAGUCUCCAGAGGGUGGAUUCAGAGGCCGGGGGGGAGGCAGGGGCACCCCCAGAGGAAGAGGUGGGAGAGGAGGGAGAGGCUGUGGCAGGGGCGGCUUUGGAGGAGGGAAGAAAGUCUUGGUGGAGCCUCACAGACAUGAAGGAGUAUUCAUCUGCAGAGGGAAGGAGGAUGCCCUCGUGACCAGGAACAUGGUGGUAGGAGAGAGUGUGUACGGCGAGAAGAGGAUCAGUGUGGAGGAGGGUGAUACCAAGAUGGAAUAUAGAGCCUGGAAUCCAUUCCGCUCCAAGCUGGCAGCAGCAAUCUUAGGAGGCAUAGACCAGAUCCACAUCAAGCCUGGGGCCAAAGUGAUGUACCUCGGAGCUGCCUCUGGAACCACAGUGUCCCACGUGUCCGACAUCGUUGGGCCGGAGGGCUUGGUAUAUGCUGUGGAGUUUUCACAUCGAUCAGGUCGUGAUCUUCUCAAUGUAGCAAAGAAGAGAACCAACAUCAUUCCAAUUAUUGAAGAUGCUCGUCACCCCCACAAAUAUCGCAUGUUGGUUGGAAUGGUUGAUGUGAUUUUCGCGGAUGUUGCACAGCCUGACCAGACAAGGAUAGUUGCUUUGAAUGCUCACAACUUCCUGAAGAAUGGGGGACACUUUGUUAUCUCUAUAAAGGUACAGUAGCACCUCAGCAGCACACUGCUUCCUCA